ACCUAAAUACACAAUUUACCUAAUGUUCGUUUACAGUUAGAUAAUAUUGAUGUCAUUUGCAUUUAUUUACAACAAUGAAAACUAUUUUUUCACAAAUUCUAACGACUUAAAUGUAUCUGUGCGGUAAAAAUGGUAAAAAUUUAAAGUGCCAGUUGACAAGUGCCAGCUCAUCUGGUGUUUAUGGACAUUUUUUCAGUACUGUAAUGUAACAAAAUUGCCAUAAUGUCAUAUGAAGGAAAUACACACAAUGUAGAGCUCUCUCCAGCCUUUAUAGAACAUUUGCAGGUUGAUUUCAAAAGCCUAUCUUCAGAAUCAAAAAAGAAGUAUCCCCAAGUGAAAGAGGCAUGCGAAGAAGCUAUUCUUAAAUUAAAAGGUGCCCAAUCUUCCCCACAAACAUCAAUAUACUAUGUUGUUAACCAAAUUAUCUACCCUCUGUCGCAAGGUUGUGAAACAAAGGAUGUUAAAAUUAUAAGGUUAUGCCUACAAAUAAUGCAGAAACUUAUAACACAUCAAUUAGUAGAUCAGAAAGGUGCACUAUAUAUUACUGAUACACUUUGGUCUCUAAUGGAAUCAGGAAUUGAAGAAGUGAAAAUAUUACAAACAGUGACAUUACUUUUGACCACUAAUACUGUGGUUCAUGGAGAAACAUUGGCUAGGACAUUGGUACUAUGUUUUCGGCUACACUUUGCUAAAAACUCUACUACUAUCAAUACAGCUGGAGCAACAGUGAGACAGUUGGUAUACCUAGUGUUUGAAAGAGUUGUGUCAGAAGAUGAACAGCUUUCAAAAACUGAAAAUAUUCCUCAAAGAACCACUGCUAACUUUGAGGAUUUAAAGGUGCCUAGUGGGAAUCCACCAAAGGGACUUCCGCCAUGUGCAGGAGAUGCAUUUUUAUUAUUUCAAGACUUAGUGCAAUUGGUGAAUGCAGAUCAACCAUUUUGGUUGAUAGGAAUGACUGAAAUGACAAGAACUUUUGGAUUGGAAUUGUUAGAAUCAGUAUUAACUCAGUUUUCUUCAGUUUUUUUCAAGAAUACUGAAUUUAGUUUUCUACUUAAAGAAAGGGUUUGUGCUUUAGUUAUAAAAUUAUUUUCGCCAAAUAUUAAAUACAGAAGCAAUGUUCCCAGUAGCCUUCAACAGGCAACACCAUUUGAAAAGCCAUAUUUUCCCAUAAGUAUGAGAUUACUCAGGGUUGUGUCUAUUUUAAUACAGAAAUACCAUAGUUUGUUGGUGACUGAGUGUGAAAUAUUUUUGUCUUUAAUUGUUAAGUUUUUGGAUCCUGACAAGCCAACAUGGCAGAGGUCCCUUGCCUUGGAAGUAUUACACAAAAUGACGAUCCAGCCAGAGUUACUGAAUUCAUUCUGUCAAUGUUAUGAUUUAAACCGGCAUACAACUAGCAUAUUUCAAGAUAUAGUGAACUCUUUAGGCGCUUAUGUCCAGUCUCUCUUUGUUAGUCCCCAGUUGCAAAUGGGAGCAGGUAUGCAAGUUGGACAAGGUCAAACUCCCAUGUAUUUAGGAGUAUCAGCAGGUCCAGGAGUUUCCCCUCAACCCGGUUUCCUUUUAAGAGGAGUAUGGUUACCAAUUGUUACUACAUUCCCCACAGGACAAACUAAAUCUACAUAUUUGGAAAUGCUAGACAAAAUAGAGCCACCAAUAGUUCCAGAUGGAUACGGUAUUUCUGUAGCAUAUGCUUGUUUAAUGGAAAUUAUUCGUUCCCUUCAAAUAACUAUAAAUCCACAACAGCAACCAGACGAACCGGUUCAACCCAAGAAAGAAAACAGCAAAGAACUGAACUGCCAACUGAUCAAUUCAAGUUGGUGUGGCUUGUUAGCUGCACUGAGUCCUCUAGUAGAUGCCAGUACCGAAGAAUCUAUAACUGAAAAUAUCUUGAAAGCCAUUCAGACUUAUACUUCAUUAUGUGGCAUGUUAGAUUUGAACACUCCAAGAGAUGCGUUCAUAACAGCUAUUUGCAAAUCUUCCUUGCCACCACAUUAUGCUCUUACAGUUUUAAAUACUGUAACCUCUGGAGUGAAUCUUAGACAAGUUCAUAGAGACAGUCAAGAUAUGAACAUUCCUCUUAUUGUGCCCUAUGGUGAAACAGAAUACCGCCAACAGGUAGUAGCCGUCGGUACUCCUUUACCAACGUCAUCUAUACCAGCUGGAACUCAACAAGGACCUGUGAUGCUAACCGCCAAAAAUUUGCAGUCCAUGCGAGCUUUGCUUAGUUUGGCUCACUGCCACGGUGGAAUUUUAGGAUCUUCUUGGCAUUUGGUGUUAACCACAUUGCAACAUUUGGUUUGGAUUUUAGGAUUAAAGCCAUCAACUGGAGGAAGUUUAAAGGCAGUGCGACCUGCUACAGAUACUAAUACUGGAAUUACUAGUUCUGUUAUGGAUAAUCUGCCAGUUUUGUCUACUAUGUUAAGUAAAUUGUUCGAAUCUAGUCAAUAUUUAGAUGAUGUAGCAUUACACCAUCUUAUAAGUGCGUUGUGUAAACUGUCUCAAGAAGCAAUGGAGCUGGCAUACUCCAACCGAGAGCCUUCCUUAUUCGCAGUAGCCAAGCUACUGGAAACAGGUUUAGUGAAUAUGUCAAGAAUAGAAGUACUUUGGAGGCCAUUAACAAACCACUUACUUGAAGUGUGCCAUCACCCACAUAUAAGAAUGCGAGGUUGGGGAGUUGAAGCUAUUACAUAUUUGGUAAAAUCAGCUUUACAUUAUAAUCAUGCAGUGCCCUUACGAGAAAACCAGAAGCUCCAGACUUUACUUCUGGGUCCUUUAUACGAACUAUCUUCAGUUCCUCAUGGAGAUGUUAGGCAAAAACAGUUGGAAUGUGUUCUACAAAUUCUACACACAAAUGGAGAAACGCUCACUCAUGGCUGGCCGUUAGUGCUUGGUAUUAUUGGUGCUGUCAAUGAUCAACAUGGCGAAAAUUUGAUCAGAAUUGCUUUCCAAUGUCUGCAGCUGGUUAUAACAGACUUUUUGCCUGUUAUGCCCUGGAGAUGCCUGCCUCUAUGUGUAGAUACGGUUGCCAAAUUUGGUUCUCAAACACAAGAAUUGAACAUAUCCUUAACAGCGGUUGGUUUAAUGUGGAAUAUAUCAGACUACUUUCACCAAAACCAAGGAAAGUUGAGCCAGGCUUCACUGGAAGACAGUACAGUGCUACCUGAUUUUCCUGGCACCCUUAAUAUGCCUAGUUUUGACAAGCUCUGGAUGUGUCUGUACUCCAGCUUAGGAGACUUAUGUGUGGAUACCAGGCCUGCUGUCAGAAAAUCAGCUAGUCAAACUUUAUUUUCAACAAUAUCUGCUCAUGGUAGCUUAUUAAAAUCAUCAACAUGGCAAAUUCUCCUUUGGCAAGUUCUAUUUCCGUUACUGGACAAAGUUAGAAGUCUGUCAAAUUCCGCAAGUAGCGAGAAGGUAGACGCAGGCGGCAAUAUCCUGAUCCAUCAUACCAGAAAUACUGCUCAGAAACAGUGGGCCGAGACCCAGGUCCUUACCUUAUCAGGAGUUGCUAGAGUAUUUAACACAAAGAGACAGCUCUUACAAGUUUUGGGCGAUUUUCCUAGAGCGUGGUCUGUUUUAUUAGAAUUUAUAGAAAACGCAGCUUUAAGUAAAAAUAAUGAAGUCUCUAUAGCAGCUCUCAAAUCUUUCCAAGAAAUUCUCUUUCAAAGUAAAAACCAAAGUACAGACAAUAAGACUUUAAUAGAUGAUAAAGAUAUUUGGGUGGUGGCCUGGAAAGUCUGGGUGAAAAUUGGUACCGAAAUAACCGUGCCCUUAAUUGACAACGAAUCCCAUGAAGAUUUUUACAUUCCAAGUCAAACCUUUCUUACAGCGUUAGUUCAAAUAUUUCCUUAUGUGUUUCAACAUGUUAGGAAUAAUUUUACUUUAGAAGACCUAAGGCAAUUAGGAACGGUUCUCCUAAACGCAGUGAGCAUUCCUGUUUAUGGGGAAACACCGUACAUAAUAUCUACUUCCUCUGAUAUUAUUUUAACACCAUUACAUGACGGAGUGUUACAUGUCAUGGAACUUCUCCAAAAAGAGGCAAUGCAAAAGAAUAACUCAAAAAUGAUACCAGAAAUAUUUAAGCUGUUGUUGUCUUUUUCAAAGUUCACAUGUUCACCUCCAACCUUUACCAAAGUAGACAACAAACAAAAAAUAGCAGAUUGGGUCACAAUGAACUAUGUGCCCUUUGGUGAAAAAGCUGUUUCAAUGGUAGUUAAGUUGUAUGAAAAGACUGCUGAGAAUAACGAAGUUAUAAGUGCUAAUAUAUUAAGAGAGAUUAUAGUAACCCUUCAUACUCCUCUAGCUCUUAAAUAUAAUUGUGUUUCAAACAGUAUAUGGAAAUUAGCGGCAAACAGUCUUUUAACAGUUUUAAAAGUAGGGCUAAAAGUUGCUAGAAUCCAUGGAAACCAGUUUGCAACUAUGUGGAACGAAUUAUAUAAUACUCUUAAUGAUUUUCUCUUUCCAACGACAUGUGCUGCUGGAGAAAAAGGUUUAGAUGAGAUGGUUUCAGACGAAGCCACUGACUGUCAGAUAAUAGAACUACUACGGACAGAAGUAUUACCUUACUCACCAAAUAUUCCAAAAGAUUUUGUAAUGCAGGUAGUAAUUCUGUUGAACAAAGGAUCUAUCCAUUCAGCCACAAACGUCAAAACCGAUGGUGAUAUUGAAUUAACCCUUCGAGAAGAGUUUGCCAAGACUUGUUUUGAGACACUACUCCAAUUUUCUUUGAUCGAUGGUGCUAAACACGAACUGGUGGUUAACGGAGACGAUAAAAAUAAUGGUAUUGCUGGACAUUUGGCGGUGACGUCUUUGCUCCAUAGAUUUCAAGAAGUUUUGAAAAAAUACAUCGAAGAUGAAAAGCUUAGCGGAAAAUGCCCAUUGCCAAGGUAUCGCCUCUCUGAGAUUUCUUUUGUAUUGAAAGCUCUUACUACCUUGAUAAUUUCUAUGAAAAAAGCUACAAUUGUGAAAGGGGACAAUAAUGCUUGGGAACAAUUAAUAAGUCUUUAUCCUUAUUUGGUGGAAUGCACAACAACAACUUCCACCCAAGUUUCUAGACCUCUAAGGGAAGCUUUACUACAGUUCUGUGAUCUUUUGCAACCACCUCAAAAUAGAAAUAAUAAUGUUAUAACGAUUUCAGAUUCAAUAAUAUAGUCUUUUCAUAUUUGUACCUGUAAAAAAUGGUCAUAUCUGUAACCAUAUGUGAAUUAGUCGGCAGAGGGAUUUCAUUCACAGGGUAUUACUGCUAUUGGAACCUAGAAAAUUGUGCAUACAUAAUUCUUGAAAAUAAGGUUCUUUAUAUAUUUUAUACAUAUGUAACCAAAGCUAGAAGAAUAACAUCAAUCAAAAACAAUUCUGUUCGGAAAUGGCCCGGCUCUGAAGAAUGUUAUUUGAUGCUGUUAUUUUGAAAGCACGUGACGUAAAAUCGUGAUCUUUUAGGUGUGUUCCAAAAAUCGGUUAUAGACUAUUUAAUAAAUCUUUAUAUACUUCAACAAUCAAGGAUAUAGUCCGGGAUCCCUGGCCCAUUUUCACCCGUUAUUUUUUGCUGAUGGAUUGGUUUUUGUCAAUUCUUAAUUAAGAUUAUUAUCCAAAUUAGGAAUAGAUAUUUGUCCUAAAAAUGCAAGGUUUUAUCUAGAGUCCCCCUUUUCAACAUGUAUCAUUAACGAGGUCAUGAAAAAUAAUUACUAACUACAAAUUACGUGGUACGAUAGUCUUGUCCUACGUUCAAAAUUUUUAGUAAAAAUAGGUACCUAAUGUAAAAAUAAUUACUAUCGAGCUGAAUCUUUGUAAAUAGCUUCGUUUUGAUGAGACGCCCAAAAAUUUCCUGUAUGAAAAUUCCCGAUUGUAAUAGCUACCAACGUUCUUCUUCUUUUGGUGCCUAUUCGUUUCGAAUAUUGGCGAUCAUUCUGGCUAUAAUAAUUAUUUUUAUUGACUGAUACUUUAAAUAGAUUAGUGGUUGUUGUGGAGAACCAUUAUCCUCAGAUUUUUUUAACCACCUUAUUCUUCAUCCCAAUUCCCACGCUUUCCGAAUACUUUUCCUUGAAGAAUUUAUUUUCAGUAAUCAUGUUUUUUUAGCGCCGUUUUCUCAUUAUGUGUCCGAGAUAUUCUUUUCUCCUUUUAAUCGUAUACAUCACUUUCUCUUUCUUUCCUUAUUCUUCGUAGUACAGUCUUGUUGGUUAUCUUGUCUGUCCAUGAUAUCCUUAGAAUUCUUCUGUAUUAGCCACAUCUCGAAAGCUUCAAGUUUUUUUCUCCAUUGUUUCAGUGAGUGUCCAGAAUUCAACUCCGUUGUAAAUAUCGAGAAGAUAUAACAUCGUAGGAUCCUCACUUUUAUCGCAAGAUUAAGGUUGUGGCUUUUAAAGAUUCAAGCCAUGUUGUUGAAUGCACUCCUAGCCUUCUCUUCUUCUACAUUUUACUUCUUGUGAGUGAUCUCAUUGUUCUUUUACUAUUGUUCCAAGAUAGGUAAACUGUUUUACUACUCAGUCCACUGGUGUAUUCCUUGAUAAGCUGUUGGAUAUCUCUAAUUUUAUUUUUUGCUGAUAGACCAUAAAUCUAGUUUUUGAUAUGUUUAAUUGUAUCCAAAUCUUUCAUUUACUUCAUUUUACUUUGUUUAUUAGUUGCUGUAAACUGUUAAACUGUCUGCCAAAAUAACGGUGUCAUCUGUAUAGCGGAUGUUGUUUAGGCGUUCUCCCAUUUAAAAGGAUUCCACGUUUCGCAAUUUUCCCCAGGCUUCACUAAAUAUUUCCCUCUGAAUAUAGGUUGAAUAAUAUAGGUGACAGUAUACAUCCUUGUCUAACGCCUCGCAGAAUCUGGAUCGCUUCCGUCGGUUCAUCUCAAAGAUUUGUUCUUGUUGUGGCUGAUUGGUUCCAGUAUAAAUUUUAUAUUAUACGCCGGUCUUUAUCAUCUAUUUGGACUUUUGUUAGAACAUCCAUCAUUUUGGUGUUGAACUAUGUCAAAUGCUUUUUGGUAAAGUGUAGAUAUCGCAAGUCAUAUCUCUGCAUCUUUCCAAUAAUACCUGUAGACUAAACAGUGCAUUUCUCGUACCCACGCCUUUCAUGAAUCCAAACUGUGUGUCUUGUAUUCUCUCUUCGCAUAGCUUGUAUAUUCUGCGAUGUAUAAUUUUAAGAAAAAGUUUUGGUUCAUGGCUCAUUAGACUUAUUAGCCUAUAUUCUUCGCACUUUUUCGCUCCCUGUUUCUUUGGUACGUAAUAAAUUCUUAAACUAGCUAAUCUUUUGGAAUAUUGAAUGUUGUCAUAGAUAUUGAAGAUUUUACAUAGUAUUCUUAAAGAUUCAUCAUCAAGAAAUUUAAGAAAUUCAGACUGUACUUCGUCUGGUCCUGCAGCUCUCCCUUCUUUUGGUGAUGUUGUGGCUGCUCUUAUUUCUGCCACUAGUAUAGGUGGUCCUGUUUCCGUAGGUAUAUCAAUACUCUCUUUCUCCACGAUUACCUCUCCGUUAUCAUUAACAAGUUUCCUUACUCUUCUGUUUUUACAUUUGCCUGAAAUUUCUUUCUUGUAAACCUGUAAACAGUUCUUUCUGUUUGGCUUCUAUGAUCUUUCUCUGUAUAUGUCGUUGUAAUGUUUUAUACAUAGAGUUAUUGUUCUUGUUUUUUCAUAUUUCUUCCAUCAGCUGCAGAAUUUUUGUCGUCAUCCAUGUCUUCUUUCUUCAUAAACUUGUCUUUAAUGUCGUCUAUCGUUUUGUUAAGGGAUUCUAUCUUCUCUUCUGUUCUUUCCGUUUUCUUUGAAUUUUAUAUUUAUUAUUUUGCUGACUAUUUCUUUUACUUUUUAGAUUUCUUAUGCAACUACAUUUUAGAUUUCUUAUGUCAUGUUUUUUUUUGCAGUUUUUUUUUGUUUUCCGCGUACUUUUGUUAACAAGUAUAUAGUCUAUUUGGUUUCUUAUAAUAACGUCUUCUCUAUUGUCUCUAGGUGAGUUCCACGUAUACAGGUAUCUAGAUGGUAGUUUGUAAAAUGUGUUUAGCACUAUUGUUACCUAUUUUAACAUUGAAAUUUCCCAUGACUAUAAGGAGUUCAUGUCUCGGUAUAUCUCUCAUGAAGUUGCUCAUUUGUAUGUAAAAUUCUGAUAUUUUUUAUCAUCAUUUUAUCAUCAUUUUUUAUCAUCACAUAACAAGGGUACCAGAGAUAUAAUAUGUGAUUUGAUAAUUACCAAAAAUGUAUUACUAAUUGACUUUUUUUUGUUAAUUCUUAAAAAAAAAUAUCUAAAUUAACCGGAAAAAUAUUUUUCCUACAAAAUGCAAGGCUUUAUCAAAGAUUCCCCCUUUUGAGCAUGUAUCAUUGGCGAUGCAUGAAAAAUAAUUAUUAACCCUCUGAUUUUUUUUGUGGGUUAGUAGUAAAUUAGUUAGUAAUAAAUUAUUGAGAAUCGUCAAAUCAACAUAUUUCAUCCGUGCUGCCCCUGUUAGCUACCACAAAUGCAAAUUGUUGUGAGGACAAAAGUUUUGCGUCUCGUCAAAAUAAAGCUACUCACGACCCAUUAGCUUUGUAGUAAUAAAUGGUGAAAAUGGGCCUCGGAUCACGGACUAAUAAUGAUUAAGGCAUAUCUUUAUUGGUAUAAACGAUGUAUAAUGUUUUUAUUAAUUCUAAUUUAUUGUUCCUAAUUUAAUUUACUAAAGGUUCUAUUUAUAACACUCACAAAUUUAUUAAAGUCUUUAUUUGUACUAAUUUAUUUUACAAUAAUUUAUUACGACCGUACAUUUAAAUACGCGAUGUGCGAAUUUAUCUUUUACUCAACUCCACAAUAAAAUCCAGUUAUUUAUAUCCAAUACCGCUAUCUAGAAGGGUCUGGGGAUAUCCAAGGGUCUCGUCGAAUCUACAACAUAU